GGUUUGCUUUUCCCUUUCCCACCCUCUCUCCCCCCCAGCCUCUCCGACUAUUGCAUAUCUCAGCCUGUAUUCCCUUCCAUCGUGUUCAAGAUAAGUGGGGAGAAACAAUGACGCAUCUGGAGCAGGAGAAUUAUUUGGGCAGCUUUUCUAAGCUAAAUUCCCAAGUCUCGCUCUACAAGUCCGCCGACAGGUCCGCUCGAAAGAACGAUAGAGUUAGCGCUUCUCGUUCCGCCUCUACGGCAUAUUACGAAACCCCAACGUUGGUGGUUCUCUGCACCUGGCUCUUCGCUGCCUCGAAGCACAUUGUCAAGUAUGCUCAACUUUAUCAAACACGUCUGUCACAUGCCGAAAUUCUCUUGGUCCGUCCCGUACCGGGCGAUAUGAUCUGGACUAGCGACACGACUCAACUCCGAAACCUCGAGCCCGCUGUUUCGGUUAUCCAGCACUUUCUAGAGUGUAUACCUGGACCUACUGCAACAAGAACAACAACAACAACAACAAUACCACGGACUAUUGCUACUACUACUUUUACUACUUCUAUUCCUAGCCCAACUAAUACCAAGAAUAGACAAGACGUCCAAUACGGACAACAAAAACAGGGACAAUACGGACAAUACGGACAGCAAAAACAGGGACAACAAAAAGAAGGACAAAUAAAUCAAGGACAAUACGGACAAGGACAACAAAACCAACAAAACAACUAUGAGCUGGUCAUGCACGCAUUCUCCAACGCCGGCGGCCAUGCUGCCGUGCAGCUAGCAGAAGCAUUUUCCAAGCAGCAAGGUUAUGCUCUGCCAAUGACAGCGUUAAUACUAGAUAGCUGUCCAGGUCAUGCGUCAGCGUUUCUUUCAGCAAAUGCGCUCAUUUCGGCAUUGCCAAAGAAGAAGAACAAGAAGAAGAUAGAUGUGGUUGUGAAAAUCCUGGGAACUUUGCUCAUAUAUGUGAUUGUGGGCGUGGUUGCUGCUUUGGACGCGCUCCAGGUGUCUGAAAAUGUCAUUUCGAAAACUCGUCGCGUGUUGAAUGCGCCGGAAAGUGGGUUUGUGGUGGGAUGCAAUCCUAAUCCAAAAUAUCUGAAUCCAGUUCCGGUUCCAGUUUCCCGGGUGUAUUUGUAUUCAAAGGCAGACACGAUGGUGCCGUGGAGAGAUGUGUUGAUGCAUGCCGAGGAGGCAAGGGACGUGCUUGCUCGAUUUCAUGGGGAGGGAGGUGGAGGUCAAGGUUUAGGUCAAGGUCAAGAUCAAAGUGGUCAGAACGUUGGAGAUGAUUCUUCUGCAGCGUUCAGAAGGGAUAUAUGGUGAGUACGGUCGAGUUUGAGCAAUCUGGACAUGUGGGACAUUUGACUUUGGGCAGUGAAAGAUAUUGGGACGCUGUGAGCCAUGUACUUUUGAAUGCUUUGCCUCCUUCUUCUUCUUCUUCUUCUUCUUCAUCAUCAUCAUCAGGGGGCAUACAUAACGUUGAGCAUCAUUUCGAUACCUAGAGUGAUUGUUACUCUUCAACAUCUAUGCAUUGGUUAAGCGCAAUUGAUAUUUUUAAAGUUGCUCCGGAGUUAGGUUAAUUGAUAUUCUCUUUGUAAUUUUGCAAUAAUCACCAAAUCAACAACCGGACCUGUACUUGUUGUACUACGUAACUUAUACUAGCUAUCGGCAGACAACAAGGGUGAAUCAUGUGACC